AUGGCCUUGAUCGCGUCCUUGACCAACAAAAUGCUGCUGCUGCUCCUCGUCGCUGCCCUCAUGGCCGCGGUGGUGGUCGACUCCUCCAGGAUGAUCCAGCGUCUCGACGAUGUGGUUUUGCUCUCGCCACCAACGGGGCCUAAUCCGGGCGGGAACUCGAAGGAUCUGGACGAGGUGGCAAUGGAAUUCAUCUCUCCGCCAACCGGUCCCAGCCCUGGUGGUAACGGUGGAUCGCGGUUUGAGGUCUCGAAGCCCCGGACGCCAUCUCCUCCGGCCGGUCCGAGCCCAGUCCACAAUGGAGAGGGCCAGUUCGUCGUCUCCAAGCCCCGGACAACGCCAUCUCCUCCGGCCGGUCCGAGCCCAGUCCACAAUGGAGAGGGCCAGUUCGUCGUCUCCAAGCCCCGCACAACGCCAUCUCCUCCGGCCGGUCCGAGCCCAGUCCACAAUGGAGAGGGCCAGUUCGUCGUCUCCAAGCCGCGCACAACGCCAUCUCCUCCGGCCGGUCCCAGCCCCGUCCACGACGAGAUCGAUCUUCACUUGGUUCCAGCGGGUCCGAAUCCACUCCACAACUUUGGAACCGUGUUCCAUAGCGUUCCGGAGGGGCCAGAUCCAGUUGGAAACUAG